UCAGUUUUAUAGAUUCAAAAAGAGCACAAAUAUGAACACGCCUAUUUUUAUUUUGACAGUGACAUUUGACGUUUCUCCUUAUCAGAAAGUGAAGUUGCGCUACAGGCUACAACUAUUUUUAUUCUCAACCAAAAAUCAAGUGGUUUUGUUUUUAUUUUUAUUAUUAUUUUUAUUUUUACUCAAAUGGCACAAAUUAAAUCACUUCCCUUGCAUUUGGAAAAUCUUCGAAAAAUCUUCAUCAAAUCUGUGGAAUCUGUUCGCCCAGCAAAUCUCUUCGAUCGCACUAAAUAUGCUCUCCAACCGAAGCUAGAUGAAAACAAACGAGUUGUUAUCAAAAUCCAAGGCAAAACAUUCGAUAUAAGCCGCAAGCGAUGUCAUGUCGUUGGCUUUGGCAAAGCAGUCUUAGGAAUGGCUGUUCAGUUGGAAAAAUCUUUAGAAAAACGUUUGGUAUCAGGAGUGUUGAGCAUUCCUCUUGGAACAUUAAAACAAUUCAAAGAUGACAGCAGUAUGCAACUAUCUGCUGAUACUAAAAUCGAGAUAUUUGAAGGAGCACCAAAUAAUCAGCCAGAUCAAGUUGCUCUGGAAGCUGCUAAGAAUAUUAAAGAGCUAGCUGAGCGUAUGGGUGAGAAUGACAUUCUCUUUGUUCUGAUUUCUGGAGGUGGGUCGGCCCUCCUUCCCAUGCCAAAGAUUCCAAUUCAGUUAGAACAAAAGCAAAAUCUGAUAAAAAGAAUUUCCCUUCAAGGUGCUUCGAUUGACGAAAUGAAUAUCGUCCGAAUAGCACUCUCGGAUGUGAAAGGAGGACGAUUGGCUGUGGCUGCCAAAAAAGCAUUUGCUGUGAUAUCGUUUGUGAUAAGCGACAUUGUCAAUGAUCCCGUGGACUUGAUUGCCUCUGGUCCAACUAGUCCCAUUCGCUCUAGAAAACUGAGAGCUCAUGAUAUCCUUAAAAAAUACCAUCUUUGGCAAGAUUUAACCCAGGAAGUGCAGAAUAUGAUUCAAAAUGAUGAUAUUCCAGAGACUCCUGGGUUAAACAACACAAUUUACAUUGUUGGGGACAAUAAAGUAGCCACAGAAACGAGUGUCAGCGAAAGUGUUGUACUCGGCUAUAAUCCCUUUAUCCUUAGCACAUCGAUUCAAGGAACAAUUGAUGAUGUUCUAAAGUCUUACAAAAUUCUUUUGGAAUCCCUGAAACGAUAUCAAAACGAGGAAAUCACAGAAGAUGAUUUUCUCGAAGUCUUCCCAUUCGAUUGUAGAAUAUUCAAACAUUUCAUCAAAACAGUUCAGAUGAGUAAAAAAGCAGGGAAGCCUCUGUUGUUGAUUCUUGCCGGUGAACCAACUGUUCAUGUGAUUGGAUCUGGUGUAGGAGGUAGAAAUCAAGAGCUAGCCAUGCGUAUGUCAUUGGAAUUAUUCACAAAUCCAUUGCUUCGUGAUGUAUGCUUUCUUAGUGCAGGAACUGAUGGCAUUGAUGGACCAUGUUCGGCAGCUGGAGCAAUAGGUUGCAGUUUGGUAGUUGAGGAAUUUCUUAAGACUGCAAAAAUGGAGGAAUUGAAUAAAUUCUUGGAAGAAAAUGAUUCUUAUAAUUUUUAUAAAAAUCUCUGUGAUGGGUGCUUUCAUGUAGUGACUGGACAUACGGGAACGAAUGUAAUGGAUUUGCACUUUAUUUUAGUUUCGUAGUUGUACAAAAAUUAUAAAUAAAAUUAUUUUAACU